UUGAGCGCGCAUGGGGCCGAAGCAGCAAUCAAUUUCGUUCAGGACAGCUGUGACUGCGGACACUCGUCGUUGUGUGUGGAGGCACACGGUAGGAAAACCUGUGUCGAGACCCUACUUUCCGUCUCGACUCUCAGGUGUAUCCCGAUGCGCUCCUCCACCUACGCCCCGACUGCGUUUCCGGCUGCGUCCUACGCCGGAGCACACCCUCUCGUGGUGUCGUCAUCCUCGCGGUUCGGUGUUUACGACCUCAGCAGCAAACUUCCGGAGCUGAACAGCGGAACCGUUAUUGGGAUAUCUAUCGCAAUCUUGGGCAAUAUACUCAUCUCUCUCGCACUCAAUCUCCAGAAACUGGCACAUAAACGACUAGAGAAGGAGAAGAACGAAAGGAGGGAGUCGGCUCGGUCGUCGAAUGCGUCUUCACCCCCCAACGAGGAUGCACAUGCGCAGAGCAGACCCCUAGGCGAGGCUGCCGUGCUGCUCAGCUCGGACUAUGGGGCCAUCAACUCCACGGGAGAAGACACGGAAAUGACCACUCCCAAGAAGAAUUUGUUUUCUCGUAUCCUUCGACCGAACCGUGCACGCAACGGCGCACACGAACGCACUGCGCUCAUGACAGUGGACGUGAUCAGGGAGGAAGAUAUCAACCACUCACGGCAGUCUUCCUCCUCCUCCCAGGUUGGAAUCGACGAUGCGCCUGCGUUUGAAGAUGGGAGCGAGAGUGAUUACCUCAAAACCAAGCUUUGGUGGGCUGGAUUUACGCUCAUGAACGUUGGAGAAAUGGGCAACUUUAUAUCAUACGCGUGGGCGCCUGCGUCGGUGGUCGCACCGCUGGGAACUUUCGCACUGAUGGCGAACUGUGUUUUUGCGCCACUGAUGCUUGGAGAACGAUUCCGCAAACGGGAUAUCUUAGGCAUCUUUAUCGCGGUCAUUGGCGCAGUCACCGUCGUUCUUGCCUCCAAUGCCUCUGACACCAGGAUGGACCCCGACGCUCUGUUGAAAGCCAUCUCUCAGAUACCCUUCAUCGUCUUUUCUGGCACGUACAUUGUUGGUGCCAUUGUUCUUGCCAUUCUUUCCGAGAGGCCAGCGGGUAAGAAAUAUGUUUUUAUCGACGUUGGUCUGAGGAUUCACUGUGCUUUCCACAAGGCUGUGUCUACACUGCUGACGAUGCAAUGGCUCGAAAUGUUUACUCGAUGGAUUACAUACCCCACAAUCGCAGUCCUAGCGCUCACUGGUGUCGGCCAAAUACGAUAUCUCAAUAGGGCACUCAUGCGCUUUGACGGCAAAGUCGUCAUUCCGAUCCAGUUUGUCUUCUUCACGAUAUCAGCCAUCGUCGGCUCGGCUGUUCUAUACGGUGACUUCAAGAAGGCGAGCUUCCACCAGCUAGUCACUUUCUUAUAUGGGUGUGCUGCGACCUUCGCUGGCGUGUUUAUCAUCGCUUGGGAUCACCAGAGCAACACAGAAGCGGAAGCGGAUGGGUCAGCUUCCGAUCCGGAAGACUCUGAAGAGGAGAGAGAACGGUCUCUGUCCCGACGAAGACCGACCCUUGUCGUGCCGAAUGGGUUCAGAGUGGAACAUCCCCUGAACCACAAGCCGUCCUCUGUCAGCAUGCUUACGCUAUCUCCUGCCCGCCCGCUGCUUCUGGUCCACACUCCUCCGCGGGAGAUCCCAGAACGAUGGGAUCCGGAGCACCAGUUGCUGGGAACUCCCGGUGCAACUAGGCGCCGAGCGCUCAGCCAGUUCGGAGAGCCGCGUUCAGCCACCGUCGGCCGACAGACGGGCAGUAACGGCCGAACCUUCCGACACAGCGUUCCUGCCCUAUGGCAGCACGGUUCACUACCCAACUCUUCUGGACAAUAGAAUACACACACAGACACACACACAAUCUAAUCUAUACAAAGGUCCGCAGAUAUUCUGUGAGCGCCAGCAAGGCAAGGCUCUGGCCAUAGGGCAUGCUCGUCAGCUUGAUUCUCUUGUAAUCCUCGAUGUUGCUGAAUACCGGAGUCCCGAACGAGACGUUCUGGAGCUCUCCCUCGGCUGUGAUGUGCUUGAGCACACCCUGAAUCGCCUUCUGGGCUGCGCGGACAUAUCGAUCUUCUCUGGGAAUAAAGCGCAGCCGCAGAGAUUUCAUGAUCCCAUACGCGAAUCCAGCUGUCGCCGAGGCCUCGAGGUAGGACGUCGGAUCGUCGAGGAGGGUGUGCCACAGCCCGGUUUCCUCGUCCUGGCAUCCCACGAGCCCGUCUAUCUGGCGCACCAGACUCGAGGUCAGGAACAUCCUCAGGCCGUCCCCCGGGGCGAGGCGCAGCAUCUCCAUGAAAUCGGGGAUCGCAGCAGUCGCCCAGCAGUUGCCACGCCCCCAGAGCGCGUUGGCGAAAUGAUGGUGCCCGUCAAACGUCCACCCUGCAGACAUCAUAAGGGGAUGUGUGCACGGUAUAUGAAAUCGACGCAGACUUGCCGUGGAACCACAGUCCCGUCUUGAGGUCUUGCAGAUACUUGACGCUGUCACAGGUGCAUUCAGGUUGGGCUCCACUCGGUGCCUGGGUCCAGACGCACUGGAGCAUGAACUGCCGCUUGGCCUCCUCGACAUAGUGCGGGCGAUCCAAAACGAGCCCGAUUUUCGCCAGAGGGAGAACGCACAUCAUGAGGCUGGUAUCGUGACUGCUGGUAGUUGUCCAUGCUGUACGUGAUGUGCUAAAACGGUGCGCAGAAUCAGCGAUGGCAGCUGCGGUGCCGAUCGAAGCUGCCCGCGCCUACCUGGAAGCCACCCUCGUCUGUUCUAGGCAAAUCGUACAUCACCCACUCUGCCCACGAGUCGAGAUGGACCAGGUAGUUGGCCUUUUUCGCUUCGUGCAAGUAGGCCGCCGUUAAUAAGGGCGACAUCGUGUUGAUGUUCUGCGGGUGCGAAUGCCAGUCAGUCAGCCAGCCGCACCAGGGGGUGGGUGUCCGUCCGCGCACACGAGGCGAGGACGUGGCUCGCCUUGGUCGUGCCGACUGCGAAUCGGUCCCUGAACCAGCUCAGUGCGAUUCGCAGCGCGUCUUCGUCGCCCGUGAUUUCAUGCAGCCUGAGCAAUCCGUAGAGCCCUGUGUCACCAGCAACUUCGGCAUCCCCUCCGAGUCGAUAGGAUAACUGAACCUCGCACCGACACCGUGUGUCCACUAAGCUUCAUGAGCCGCGAGAAACAAGACCUGCCCUGGAAUUUCCAGGCGACGCACCUCCCAGUCAUUCCAGCCUUUGGUAUCGAUCACCCGUCCGUCUCAAGUUUCUGAUGUGCUUUAAAACCGAUGCUUUCUCAGCUUGCAUGGCGGAUGCCGGUACCGGGGUGGCGUGGCGCUCGAGGAAAUAAAUCAACGCGAGAUAUAAAGCGCAUUGUGCCAGAUAACGUGAAAGGCCGUGAUAUGAUUGAUCAGCCGAGCCGGCCGGUCCGGCCAAAAUGCGGGGUAACAGGGGUGUGGGGUCGACUCAAUGGCUGCCUUGGUCCCCAAAGAGCGCUAUAAGCGGUAUUUCACGACGGAAUAUCACCCGGACAGCCUCGGCCAUGGCAGGGCGUGGGUGCAGAAGGAGGUCAGCAGACGUGCUGCAUCGGGAACCCCACUGCUUGGCAUCGCUCGUUCGCGUAGGUGAUCCAUUCAAAAGCAGGCCUGGCGGGAUGUCGUGCACUCCCUACACCGCCAUGUCAGUCCCGAAAGGAGUGCCCAUCGCGGACCGGCGCAUCGAGGACGUCAAGGAUGUGUACUCCAUCGCGAGCCGCAGCGAGAGCGGGCAAAUGGAAGCGCCCGCUGGAAUUGACGCCGAGGUGGCGCAGUUUUUUGCGGCGCAACCGCGCGAGCCGGUGGUUAUCGACGAGGCGACGGACCGGCGGCUGAGAUGGAUGGUGCACAAACGCGUAUUGACAGUGAUGGUGGUCACAUACUUCGCGCAAACGCUGGACAAAGGAACUCUGAACUUUGCGAGCAUCAUGGGUAUCAUCAAGGACACGCAUCUCCGCGGACAGCAAUACGCGUGGCUGACUACUUGCGCCUAAUUUAGCCUCUUGUGGGAAUUCCCCACGAACAGAUUGAUUCAGCGUCUGCCGAUUGGAAAGUACCUCGGAGCGAGCAUUUCGGCAUGGGGCUUAGUGCUCGCACUGACCGCCGUGUGCCACAACUUCACGGGCCUUGUAAUUGUGCGCACGCUGCUCGGAGUGCUCGAAUGCGUCUGUCAGCCCGCUUUCGUCUACCUUUCGACCAUGUACUACACCCGCGAUGAGCAAGCACUCGUCAUCGGCUCGUUCUACUCGAUGAACGGAUUCCAGCAGUGCGUCGGCGGGUUGAUUGGCUACGGCAUUUCUCAGAUCCACAACCAGGCCCUCAAGAACUGGCAGAUUUUAUUCACGCUUCUGGGGUGCCUCACCUUUGCGUGGGGUCUGUUCGUGCUGUGGUGGCUUCCCGACAGUCCCAUGCGCGCACAUUGCUGGUCGCCCGAGGAUCGGUUGCUGAUUGCUGAGCGCGUCCGCAAAAACGAGACGGGCAUCCAGAACCGCGAGUUCAAGCUCUACCAAGCCUGGGAAGGACUGGGAGACCCGACUGUGUGGCUGGUCACCCUCAUCUCGUUCACAAACGCGCUGCCCACAGGCGGUCUGGGGGCGUUCUCGAAUCUGAUUCUGGUGGCGUUCGGGUUUACGACCUUGCAGACGUAUUUGUUGGCCAUCGCGCAGGGCUCGAUCAUCAUGCUCUUCUUGUUCAGCUCCGCGUAUUUGGCGAAAGUGUACAACCAGAAACUGCUUCUGGCGCUGAUCUACACGCUCCCCAACAUAGCGGGCACGAUCGUCUUCAUUUGCGUCAAGACGGACAGCCACACCAAGGUCGGGCUGUUGAUCGCUUUCUAUUGCAUGCAAGGAUUCGGUGCCGUGGCCGUGCUGAAUCUGGCGGUCAUGUCAAACAAUGUUCGUCGGUCGGACCAAGCAAGUCGUCGCAUCCAGUCUCGUCUUCAUCGCAUGGGCACUAGGAAACGCAAUCGGCCCACAGGUCUUCCGUGCCAACGACAGCCCGCGAUAUAUCCGCGCUUUCAUCGUGCAUCUCGCGAUGUACGGCUUGCAGAUCGCGGCCAUCCUCGUCCUGCGCCUGCGCCUGAUGCGGCUGAACGUGCUCAAGCGCAGGGCCCAGGCGGUCGAGCCGACCGUGGCCAAUGGCGAGCUCGAGACAGAACGCAUCGCGCACAGACAAGCAUUCGACGACUUGACGGAUCACGAGAAUCAGGACUUCCGAUACGUGUAUUGAGGAUGGGCCAUCUCGAUUGUGUAAGACAAAUACAAUGCCAGCAACUACGUACUAGGCAGCCGUGGCGGACGGCGGUGAAUU